UCUGCAGUGCUGCCUCCUGUGCUGGUUCCCAGACACACAGAGAUCCCCAGUGAGUUUCCUCCUCUGGAUGACUACAGCCACUCCAUCCCAGAGAACACCAACUUCCCCGCCGGCAUCGAGCCACAGAGCAACUACAUACCAGAGACUCCUCCACCUGGCUAUCUCAGUGAAGAUGGGGAGACCAGUGAUCACCUGAUGAACCACAGCAUGGACACCAGUUCACCCAACCUGUCACCAAACCCAGUGUCUCCAACACACAGCAAUUUAGACCUACAGCCUGUGAUGUACUGUGAACCAGCCUUCUGGUGUUCUAUCUCCUACUACGAGCUGAACCAGCGGGUGGGCGAGACCUUCCACGCCUCCCAGCCGUCCCUCACCGUGGACGGCUUCACCGACCCCUCCAACUCAGAGCGCUUCUGCCUGGGCCUCCUCUCCAACGUCAACCGUAACGCCGCUGUGGAGCUGACACGCAGACACAUCGGCAGAGGGGUACGUUUGUACUAUAUUGGAGGAGAGGUGUUUGCAGAGUGCCUCAGCGACAGUGCCAUCUUCGUCCAAAGUCCCAACUGUAACCAGCGUUACGGCUGGCACCCCGCCACGGUCUGCAAGAUCCCCCCAGGCUGCAACCUGAAGAUCUUUAACAACCAGGAGUUUGCUGCCCUGCUGGCCCAGUCGGUGAACCAGGGCUUUGAGGCGGUCUACCAGCUCACCAGGAUGUGCACCAUCCGCAUGAGCUUCGUCAAGGGCUGGGGAGCAGAGUACAGGCGACAGACCGUGACCAGCACCCCUUGUUGGAUCGAGCUGCACCUCAACGGCCCCCUGCAGUGGCUGGACAAGGUGCUCAUGCAAAUGGGUUCCCCCAGCAUCCGCUGCUCUAGCGUGUCGUAGGAAUACUCUCCCCACCGUCUCUGUCACAGCACCAGUGAAUUAAACAGACUAGAGACCAUAGACACAUCAACUAAAGGAUCAGAAAGGGUUCGGCAGGCAUUGAGAGAAGGCUUGGUGUCUUUGGAAGAAGAGCCUGUAGGCUGAGAAAGCCCAACCCUCGUCUGAGACAUACUCUCCCCAACCCUCGUCUGAGACAUACUCUCCCCAACCCUCGUCUGAGACAUACUCUCCCCAACCCUCGUCUGAGACAUACUCUCCCCAACCCUCGUCUGAGACAUACUCUCCCCAACCCUCGUCUGAGACAUACUCUCCCCAACCCUCGUCUGAGACAUACUCUCCCCAACCCUCGUCUGAGACAUACUCUCCCCAACCCUCGUCUGAGACAUACUCUCCCCAACCCUCGUCUGAGACAUACUCUCCCCAACCCUCGUCUGAGACAUACUCUCCCCAACCCUCGUCUGAGACAUACUCUCCCCAACCCUCGUCUGUGACAUACUCUCCCCAACCCUCGUCUGUGACAUACUCUCCCCAACCCUCGUCUGAGAC